AUGAGUGAUUUUCAUUCUAUGAAGGAGGAGAUUGACAGAAUCAAAAAAGAUAUCUCCAAUGCUGUUUCUAAUCUCCCACAAUACUCUGCACAAGAACGCCCAAGCAAAAUGCAAAAGAUUGAAGCAAGAUUCGGUGAAUUCGAUGCUGCAAUCAACGAACUCGAUUUACAAGCACUUAUGUUUGAUGUAAACGAUAAAAAUGCUGCGAAAAAGUAUUUAGUUGAAGUUAGAAACGAAUAUAAGAAAUUACAAAAUGAAUAUACAGAUGCAAAAAGGAAAGGAAGUGAGCGUGAUGCCUUAUUUGGUGGUGCUGUUCGCUCUGAUGGCUCUUCUACAGGUCAAAUGCAAUCAUUAUACGAUCAGCAAAAUAUUAUCAACGAAGGCGAUAAUUUAACAACCGAACUUGGCAGAUCUGUCGCACAAGGUCAUGAUGCUGGUGUCAAUAUCCUCGGUGAACUCGCAAAUCAAAGAAAUAAGAUUACUCAUAUCGAUGAUGAACUUAAUUCUCUUGAUACAGACGUCGAUACAGGCAAUAGCAUCAUCGAUAGAAUGAUUUGCAGAAAUACUCGCCGUACAAUUUUCAUGAUUAUUUUGAUUAUUAUUCUUCUUAUUGCUUCCGGUGUUUUCCUCUAUUUCAUCUUCAAGCCAGCUAAGUAA